AUGUCGUUACCAUCGAAUGCCACGUUCAGGGACAAGGAGAAGCCACAGGAGGUUCGUAAGUCCAAUAUCAUUGCUGCACGUGCCGUCAGUGAUGCUAUUCGUACUUCCUUAGGACCAAAAGGUAUGGAUAAGAUGAUUAAGACCAAAACAGGAGAAAUCAUUAUUUCAAAUGAUGGUGCUACUAUUCUUAAGCACAUGGCUGUGCUUCAUCCUGCCGCAAGAAUGUUAGUUGAUGUGUCGGCUGCUCAAGAUGCUGAAGCUGGAGAUGGUACUACAUCUGUUGCCAUUAUAACCGGUGCAUUAUUAGGUGCCAGUGAAAAACUAUUAAAUAUGGGAAUCCAUCCAACGUUAAUUGCUGAGUCUUUUCAAAGAGCAGCCGCUAGAGCUUGUCAAGUUCUUUUAGAUAUGUCUUAUAAGAUUAGUUUGGAUGAUAGAAAGAUUUUAAUCAAAGCAGCUCUGACAUCUUUAAGUUCAAAGAUUGUUUCACAAUUUUCCAAUAUUUUAGCUCCUUUAUCUGCUGAUGCUGUUUUGAAAGUUGUCAAUGAAUCCAAAGAUAAUGCUGAUUUGAAUGAUAUUAGAAUCAUCAAAAAAGUCGGUGGUACAAUUGAAGAUACUGAAAUGGUGGAUGGAGUUGUAUUGACUCAAAAUGUUGUUAAAUCAGCUGGUGGUCCAAUCAGAGUUGAUAAGGCCAAAAUUGCUCUUGUUCAAUUUCAAAUCUCUCCUCCUAAACCUGAUAUGGAAAAUAACGUGGUUGUUAAUGAUUAUAGACAGAUGGAUAAGAUUUUGAAGGAAGAAAGAGCAUAUUUGUUGAAUAUUUGUAAAAAGAUCAAAAAGGCAAAGUGUAAUGUAUUAUUGAUUCAAAAAUCCAUUUUAAGAGAUGCUGUUAAUGAUUUGGCAUUACAUUUCCUCAGUAAAUUGAAUAUAAUGGUUAUUAAAGAUAUUGAAAGAGAUGAAAUUGAAUUCUUAUCAAAGGCUACAGGUUGUAAGCCAAUUGCAGAUAUAGAUUCUUUCACAGAAGAUAGAUUAGGUUCAGCUGAUUUGGUUGAAGAAAUUGAAAGUUCAGGUUCUAGAAUUGUUAAGAUUUCUGGAAUCUCCAAAACUAAUAAGAAUGUUAAACCUACCGUUUCAAUUGUUGUUCGUGGAGCCAAUCAAUUGGUUUUGGACGAAGCCGAAAGAUCUAUUCAUGAUGCCUUAUGUGUUAUCAGAUGUUUAGUUAAAGAAAAGGCUUUGAUUUCUGGAGGUGGAGCCCCAGAAGUUGAAGUAUCUCGUGUACUUGCAAGAGAAUCAAAUCAAUUAUCUGGAGUUGAACAAUUUGUUUAUCAAGAAUUUGCCCAAGCUUUAGAAGUGAUCCCAACAACUUUAGCUGAAAAUGCUGGGUUGAAUCCGGUUAAUGUUGUUACUGAAUUGAGACGUCGACAUGAAGCUGGAGAAAAGAAUGCUGGUAUUUCUGUUAGAAGAUCAGGAACUUCGAAUACAUUUGAUGAGAAUAUCUUGCAACCCACUUUGGUUUGUACUAGUGCCAUUUCCUUAGCUUCUGAAUGUGUUAAGUCUAUAUUACGUAUUGAUGAUAUUGCCUUUUCACGUUAG